AUGACGAGGUUGUCGCCGACCUGGUGGCAUGCCCUGGGACCUCUUCCUGUGGAGUGGUGGGAGAAGUGGGAGGCAAGGUCAAAGUGGUUCGUGGAGAAUGGGCGACCUAUCGAGGGUCGAGACACAUCUUGGACGUGGGAGAAGAGGUUUGAGCACAGCCAGCGGCCACGGAGCGAGAAGGGCACGGAGCUCAUGAGCGUCGAGGAGAAAAGCGCCUUUUUCAAAAUGCUGCGGUCUAUGCUCGUCUUCAGGCCCGGGGCCAGACCAAUUGCAGAACGGGUCCUUGAGUGUGAUUGGAUACAAAAAUGGGCGGUACCAAGCUAUGAGAGGACGCUAAACGAGGCAAACACUGUCAAAUGGCCGCAAAAAAGAUCUUAA